UGCGGGAAGAUGGCGGGCCGCCGCGAUGCGCCGGAGCUGCCGGACUUUGACAUCUUGAAACGUCUCGCCCGGGACCAGUUGGUUUACUUACUGGAGCAGUUGCCGGGAAAGAAGGAUUUAUUCAUUGAAUCUGAUCUGAUGAGUCCCCUGGACCGGAUUGCAAAUGUCUCCAUUCUGAAGCAACACGAUGUGGAGAAGCUGUACAAACUGGAAAAUAAGCUGGUUCAGGGAGUCAGUGAUCAAUUGUGUUUUCUUGUCCGUCCUCGGAUUUCAAGUGUGAAGCAUGUAGCAGAGAUUGUCAACGCAGAUAAAGGUGAUGGCAGGCUGCGCAAAUACAAAAUCAUAUUCACUCCUCAGAAGUUCUAUAUGUGUGAGACAGUGCUGGAGGAGGAAGGCAUCUUUGGAGAUGUGACAUUUGAUGAGUGGUCCUUUUACCUACUCCCCCUGGACGAUGACAUCAUAAGCAUGGAGUUGCCUGAGUUUUUCCGUGACUAUUUUUUGGAGGGUGAUCAUCGGUGGAUCUGUACAGUGGCAAAGGCUUUGCACGUGUUGCACUCCCUGUUUGGACCAUUCUCCAAGAGUUACGGGAUCGGUCGGUGUGCAAAGAUGACCUACAAGCUGUGGAAAGAAAUUGUGGAGGACGCGGAAAGUGAAAUGAAGCCACGGCAGGCCGAGAUUGGUCGAGUUUUCUUCAUUGACCGAGAUGUGGAUUAUGUCACCCCCAUGUGCUCACAAGUUGUGUAUGAGGGACUUGUGGAUGAUGUAUUCCGAAUUAAAUGUGGGAGUGUGGACUUUGGCUCUGAGGUAACAUCAUCAGAUAAAAGUGUGAAAGUGUUACUGAACUCUCAGGACAAGGUUUUCAGAGAGAUUCGGAAUGAACAUUUCUCCAACGUGUUUGGGUUCUUGAGUCAGAAAGCAAGAAGGCUCCAAAAGCAGUAUGAUAAACGCCAAGGGAUGGACAUUAAACAAAUGAAAGAUUUUGUUUCUCAAGAACUAAAGAGCUUGAAGCAAGAGCAUCGAUUACUGAGUCUUCAUAUUGGAGCCUGUGAGUCGAUUAUGAAGAAGAAAACAAAGCAGGACUUUCAGGAGCUGCUGAAGUCUGAGCACGCACUGUUGGAUGGGUUUGAGAUCAGAGAGAGCACCAGCUGUAUUGAGGAGCACAUUAACAGGCAGAUUUCUCCCUUUGAGAGUCUUCGGUUGAUGUGUCUACUUUCUCUGACGGAAAGUGGCUUGAUUUCCAAAGAUUAUCGAUCGUUGAAAACACAGUAUCUGCAGAGCUAUGGAUACGAGCAUAUCCUGACAUUCGCCAACCUGAAACAAAUCGGAUUGCUGACAGAGCAGCAAUCCGGAGAAACGCUGACUGCGGUGGAGAGCACCAUGGGGAAGCUGGUGACAGACAAAGCCGUCGGGAAGCUGACUGAUGCCUUCUCAUCUCUGGCCAGGAAAAGUCAUUUCAGAGCUUUGAGCAAGCGGCUGAACCUGAUACCCCGCACAGAGGAAGAAUAUGAUUUGAAGGUGCCGCGAGACAUGGCCUAUGUAUUUAGUGGUGCAUACAUUCCACUGAGCUGUAAGAUCAUAGAACAGGUGCUGGAGCGUGACAGCUGGGCAGGAAUGGAGGAAGUGUCACGGUUAUUAAACAACAAUGAAUUUGUCACCAUAGAAAGAUCCAGUGACACAGCAUCCAGUAGCAAUGCGCAGAGGGUCAUUCUUGUGCUUUUUCUUGGAGGCUGCACAUUCUCGGAAAUCGCAGCGCUGAGGUUUCUGGGCAAAGAAAAAGGAUACAAGUUUGUUUUUGUUACCACAGCAAUCACAAACAGUUUUCGGAUGCUGGAAUCUUUGUUCGAAACACAUGUGUAAAAAUGCGCCAGCCAUUUCCAAGCAAGACAUCAGUCAAGGAAACAUGCACGUGGGGGGUUGCUGAGCCAGCCUAAACCUAGUAAUAAAGACAAAAGCAAAACCACCCCCUUGACCCUUCGUUAAGCCAACUGGAUGGAAUCUGGCAGUGAAAGUCAAGUGCUGUUGCCUCAACUUCUGAAGGAACAAUGGACACAUGCUGAGGUAUCUAUUGCCACCUUGGAGCCUAUAAAUUGGAUACACAGUGUGAGUAGUGAGCUGGGUUUACUGACCCCCAAUUCCUUAGUAGGUUGGCAGAGGAAUUUGUGGAUGUCUAUUUCAGGGAGAGCACAAGGAUUUGGUGAUAAAACAAAAUGCAAUUUCCUCGGCAGAAGCCCUGAAAGAACUGGAUUUGCAUAGCAUUAGACAUAGGAACAUCAGGAGCAGGAGCCUGUUUUAUGGCCUCUCAAAUCAGCUCAGCCAUUCCUUAAGAUUGUGGCUGAUUUGAUCUUUGCCUGAUCCCAGAAUCCAUGACUGCCCUAUAGACCAUUGGGACAGGUUUUGGAAGAGGCUUAAGUUUGGAGAUCAGAAACAAGCACCGGUUUAUUUAGCACCUUCAAAUCCCAAAGUCUUCAUUUACAGUGUGUUGAGAAGCAUUGUUGGGAUUGCUCCUUAGGAAAAUGUGGAGAUCAGUUCGUGGACAACAAGCUCCCACAGACAGCAACAAGAUCGUGACCAGCUAAUCUGGUUUUGAUGGGGUAAUGUUUGAGGGAUAAAUGUCUACUUGACAGUGGGAGACAUCCCUGCUUUUAACUUUGAAUAGUGGUGGGAGUAGAACUACUUCACGAAAUCUUUGAACACAUGGGGAUGGGAUAUUAAAACCCGAUACUGUCAGUAUCUUCAAUAUAUGUAAAACACAGCAAAUCUUCCAUGUUAACCACUCUGGUACUAAAAUGUAAUUUAUUUAAUUUCAGAAAAAUGUGCCAGACUUUUUAUACUAACGCAGGGUGUAGAAACAGAAGAAGUGACAAAGUAAUUUGUUUCAUCCGAACAGGGGUCUUCAAUGAAACAGUUUGUUCUAAUUCCAUUUUACUGCCCCUCUGCACUUCUACAUUCCUCCUCUUAAAAUUAAAGAUUAUAACAAUUUGAAAUGUUAAAUGUACCAAUUGCCUAUUCUGUAUCAUACUCUAGCAGUUACAAUAAGGUGUGCAAUUUCAUUACAACCAACAGGAGUUAUCCCGUUCCCAAGGAUGAGGAGAUGUGCCUGUACUGAGUGCUAGCUUGAAAACUGAAAUUGCACCUUGCACUGAUCUAAAGUCUUUUAUGUACACAAUGUGUGACAAUAAAUAAAACAAAAUGUUUUAUUAUAC